CUCCAUGGAGGAGCGAGAGACGUGCACGCGCGCUUCUUGCACACAAUUUGACCUAGCUAGCCUACUCGAGCGUGCGAGUUGUGUUCAAUUUACAGAGUCCUGGCAAUAUAAUUCCGUUACAUCAAUUGUUAUCUGCAGAAUAGGCCUACCGGCGUAAGAAAUAUUUCAAAUACAAUCAUGAUGGAGAAACCGCAAUCCAUGCCGAGACAGGUUACAAUCGGCAUCUGCACGUCAUCAAUGAGACCUAGCAUCAAGGCUUUGAUUACCAAGGCUUCAGGUCUGACCAAUGUAACAGUCCGAUUCAUUGAACUACCGUACAAUGAUCUAGACAGCUUUCGUCUUCCAUGUGCAGGACUUGAUGGUGUGAUUAUCUGUCAUUCUAUCCAAAAUCGUCGCUUUGCAAUCACAAAUGUUAUGGAUGCUCUCUAUGACAAGUUCCUGCCUCAUGUCAAACAACAACUCGGAAAAGGCAAUGUUUGUGUCGUUGCUCAUGACUUCCCAUGGCCCAUGAAAUCAACUGGCUCUUCUAAAGACCAUGCCAAGAUCAAAGAAAGCCACAUGGUAAACUUCCGCGACAAUCAACCAACUACCUUCGAGUGCUGUGGUCUGGCCAUGAUCGGUGGUAAACUGGACCAUCAGGUGGAUAUGGACAAAGAAGAUUGGACACAGCUUGAAGCCUUUGUGCGUCGAUGUCAACAACCCAAGAAAAAGGUCAUAAACGUCUUUGGAUUCGCAAUAGAUUUGAGUGAUCCUAGAAUUAUUGGCCUGCUGAUCUCUGCAAUAGUAGCACUUAUCUUCCUGUUGCCUUUUGCCAAACGGUUUCUGUACCGUUCUUUGGAGGUGGUUGCAUACCAUGCUGUUCUAUUCCUUCAUGUACCUUUCAUUUGCAGAGUGUACCAUAUCCGAGGAAAGAGUCAUCCGGUGUUAAAGAGAAAACACACGGGAAUAAUACUAGCCUUAUCGAUUCUCAUCCUCAUUUAUGUGGUGGUCAGACUGCACCGCGCAGGAGGUGUGGUCGCAUUCUUAUUUCCCCUGGUACCUUUCAUUGGCCUAGUGUACCAAAGACGGAUGAAAGGUACUCGAGGACCGAGGAUUCUGGGGUUCUCAACUUUCCAGUGGUCGAAACCACCAGAGUGGAAGUUCCCCUACCGAUUUUGGCGCCACUUUAUUAACGCUGGCACAUCUUAUGUCAUUAGCCUGUUUUAGAAUUGAGUUGGUCUUGAUCACAGGCAUAACAAUAAGCCUCUACUCGAAAUCGUAGCUAUUCAAUAACUUCCUGGUUUUUCUUUGAUAUUUAAACAAUGUCAUAAUUAAUAUGGUAGAGGCCUUUCUGUCAUAUCCGGUUUUGAUUUGGCAUAUGCUAAUCCGGUCUACAGCCGGAUUCUUCAACAUUAUUUGACUUUUACUUGUUUUCUGCUGUUUGCCUCUUUUACCCUAUUAAAUGUUGAUAUAAUCAUGUAGGUGCAUGCUUUAACAUGGUCAGUGAAGAAUAUUUUUGAGACUAAUUAUCAGUACAAUAAUGUAUCUUAGGUCGUAGUUAUCAAACGGAUGAUUUAUCAAGAUGUUCUUUGUAAUCAGAGACUGUAUUAUGGAGUUAAAAUUCUUUUGUAAUUUAGGUUGAAUAUAGAGUGUGUUCAACUCCUAAAAUUAUGCCGUUCUUGCAUGCAUUAUGUGUUUUAUUUGUUUGUUUAUUUUUUAAAGUAAAGUAGAUAGCACCUGCUUUUAUACACUUCGUGUCAUCGAUCGCCUUCUUGCUAAAUAUGGAUUAUAUGAUGACAAUAUAAAAUGAGAAUAUGAAUAUUAAGUGGCGGUAGAUGACUGAAGUCGUACCUGCAAUUCAUUGCAUUCGCCUUAUUAUAUUAUAGUAGGUAUAGCACACCAAAAAUAAGUACAUCAAACACAUGUUAUUUGAUUAUU